AUGGAUCAGAGUGCAAUUCCCGUGAAGCAGCAGGACCAGCAGCAGCACAAGCAGCAGCAGCAUCAGCUGCAAACAGCCGCAGCAGCAACAGCAGCAGCAGCAGCAGCAGCAAAGAAAACCGGAGUAAUGGGGGGCACCUGGACGCAGCCACCUCAAGUGGGCGAGCAGCAGCAGCAGAAACAGCAGCAGCAGCAGCAGCAGGAGCAGCAGCACGGCAUGUCUCAGCAGGAGGAGCAGCAGCAAACCAAGCAGCAGCAAGAGCCGCAGCAGCAGCAAGAUCCGCAGCAGCAGCAGCAGCAAAACAAACAACAGCAGCAAGACAAGCAGCAGCAAGAGCAACAGAAGCAGCAGCAGCAGCAGCAGCAGCAAACCAGCAGCACUGAGCCUGCUACUAUGAGUGCCUUCCCUCCUUCUGGCCUCUCGCAAAUUAAUUUAACCUCCACCAAAAAAGAAAUGACAGCAGCAAAGCAGCAAAAAGCAGCAGCAGCAGCAGCAUCAGAUGAUGAUGAUGAUGAGCCUAUGACUACACCCAAGGCUCAGCCCUCGUCGAAGGCAGCUGCAGAGACACCUGAGAGCAAACCAACCACUACUAAGAAAGCAGCGGCAGCAGCAGCAGCAGCAGCAGCAAGGAAGUCUUCGGCUUCACGAACGAAAACCACCGCAUCCGCAAAGGCGAGCAAGGGCAGCAGCAGCAGCAGCAGCAACAACAGCAGCAACAGCAGCAGCAAUACCAGCAGCAACAACAACAGCAGCAGCAGCAGCAGCACAGGUGGAAGCAACUCCACCACUGGGCCAAACACUCCAACGGUAGAGGAGAGCAUGUCGCAGGACCACCAGCAGCAGCAGCAGCAGCAGCAGCAGCAGCAGCAGCAGCAGCAGCAGCAGCAGAGCAGCGGCAUCAGGCUGCCCCUCUGCUCUGGCAUAACAGCGAAGUCUAAGCCCAGAUCAGCAGCAGCAAGCCAGCUGCUGGACUUUGGUGGUGCUCACUUCAGCAGCAGCAGCAACAGCAGCAGCAGCAGCAGCAGCAGCAACAACAACAACAGCAUGAGCGACCUCGCCAACUUAGCAAACUGGGGAGGGGCUGACUCUGCUAAGAGCAGCAUUAUGCUGCGGAGCUAUUCGUCAGCACCAUCAUCUCUCUCCCUCAUUAUGCAGCAGCAGCAGCAGCAGCAGCAGCAGCAGCAGCAGCAGCAGCAUGAGCCUGCACUGCAGCAGCGAGCUAGUCUUGCUGCUGCUGCUGCUGCAGUCUUAGCACAACCUGAAGCAAGACCCUUGACCUUAACUCGCUUCGAAAUGCUGGAGGCAUACUCCAAAGGUUCUAGGGAUAAGGGUUUAGUGUUUAGUUUCUUGUCGUUUGUGUUUGAGCUGCGACUCACGGAGCCACCGAAUGCCGAGUUGCCCCCACGGCGAAUUUGUCUGCCCUAA